CUGCCCCAGCACUCGUGCGUGCCGAACGUGUUCGUGGACACGCACGACCCUCGCUUCCCGUGGGUGUCUUUCUUCGCUCUCCGCGCGGUGCGGGCCGGGGGCGAGCUCACGUGGAACUACAACUACGACGUGGGUUCCGUGGCCGGGAAGGUCCUCUACUGUUACUGCGGGGCCCCAACGUGUCGCGGCCGGCUGCUGUGA